AUGGCGAUUGGAGUGGCUCUAAUCGGGGGUGGAAUCUGGGCAAUCGAGGAAAAUUUGGACGUCGCAGAGGCAGCCGGUGCGCAACAAAAUCCGGUAGAUCUGUAUUCCGAAGAUUCAUCGCAGAAAUGGCAUGAUAUUCUCCAGCGUGAGGAUAUCCAGGCAGUAUGUAUUAGCCUUCCUAUCGCCAACCAACUCCCUUAUAUACGCGAGGCACUCGCCGCAGGAAAACACGUCUUAUCCGAGAAGCCUGCUGCCGAAAAUGUGGCCGAUGCUGCGAGCUUGAUCAAGUGGUAUCAUGCAAACAGUCCAGCUAAUAAUCAAGCAACCUGGGGCGUGGCUGAAAACUUCCGAUAUCUUAACAGCUUUCGAUAUGCGCGUCAACAGAUAGAACAACUCGGGAAAAUUGUAGGCUUUCGAGUUCGUAUUUACGCUGAUAUCAAAGAGGGUUGGAAAUUUUUAAACACAGCAUGGAGGAAAAACCCUACUCACCAAGGCGGCUUGCUCCUUGACGGCGGUGUUCACUAUGCCGCUGGUAUUCGUUAUCUGCUAGGGCCAGAAGUACACUUCACACGCCUAUCAGCGUUUACGACUCUUCUAAAAGAACAUCUCCCUCCCGUCGACACGAUGGAUGCCAUCCUGAAAACCAACACGGGCAUUCAGGGCACCUUCCAGUUGUCAGUAGGAACCACUUUGACAGGUCCAGAAUGGACAAUUGGUUGCGAGAAAGGCAGCGUGACAGUUUCCAAUCCUGCACCGUCUGCUCUCGGCGGUAAAGAUAUUCCUUCCUAUACUCAGGUGACUGUUCGCCCUGUCGACGGUGAAGAGAUCGUUCAGAUCAUUCCGAAUGAACGGACGGGCGUGCCGCCUGAAAUCCGCGCUUGGGGGGAAGCCCUGGCAGCCGGACGACAGAAUGCUGAACAAAUACCUGAAGAGGGUUUGGCGGACUUGGAAUUAAUUGAGUUGAUGCUCCGCAGUGGCGAAAACGAGGGCCAACCCCAAGUCUGUCAAUAUCAAGACUUGAAUCCUGUUAUGUGA